CAGUUCCAGCUUUGUUCAGGAUAUCAUUUUCAAGGAAUUGUUCGUAAAAAAUUGUCUUUCGUUUCCAUAUAUUUCGUUUUGACCUUCGUUUUCAUAUAUUUGAGCAAUACUCUCUUGUUAAAAAUGCACUUAGUAUAGGACUAUAGGUGUAUCAAGAUGGUUGAAAUCGGGUUUGGAUUCAAUGGAUUUUCUCAUCUUGUCUAACACACCGAUUUUUGAGAUCAAGUGUUUUUUUUUUAAAUGUGAAAUGAUCAAGUUCGCACGUACCAGUUCUUUUAAUUUCUAUAUUUGUAGUAAUUUUUUUCCUUUUGUGAUUGUUUGUCUGAAAAUUGAAUUGUUGCGUCAAAAGUACAAGUCAUGGGACGACAGAUCAAGAAAUUGAUGACAAUCAGGUCUCCAUUUAGAAAUAUUUGAUGUAAAAACUGCAAUAUUUGAGUUUAAUUUCAGUAAACUUUUUUUUCUUCGAUAAAGACUAGAUUUCUUGUGUUUAUAUUUUUAACAGCACUUUUAUAGAAUAUCAACAUUCAAGCAUGUGAUUUCAGUAGAUCAUACACCUUCAGGUUUUUAAGUUCAUUAUCAACGAGUAUAUAAUAUAUACAACAAUCAUCUAAUUUUGACAUAAUGACGCUUACUUAAUCAUUAUUUUGAAAUGUUAAUUAGGAAGUAACAGAACCGGUUAAAAAAUAUGACUUUUGUGAUAGAACCGGCUGACAUAAAAUUUGAAUCCCACCACUGAACAUAGGGUAUAAUUAGCAAAAGACCAAGAAGAAGUCAUAUAAAUAUUUCAAACGAAUAUUGACCGACCGUAUCGUAUUGAACUCAUGUUGUAUGAUCUUAUUAUGUAAUUCAUAAAUUUGUUGAAUUCAUAUGUCACAAUAGAAUAUUGAUUACUGUAGAUAUUUUGAAAUUUAGUUUUGAUAUGUUCUUUCAUUGUAUAUAUAAUAUCAAUUUUUUGUGUAAAGAAACUAGUACAAAAAUGGGAUUGUUUAAAUUAAUUCAAUAUCCAAAGCACAGACGAAGAAGAAAAAAGCUGAAAAUAGAUAUGCGAGCAUUGGCAUUACGAGAUUCUAUAACUUCGCUCAUGAAGGACGAAAAGUACUUGGAAGCAAUGAGACAAAUAAAAGAGAUUUGGACACUGAAGACGAGUCCUUGGACUUAUAGUAGCUCCAUCUUGAACUACAUCGAAUGUCUAAUACGAAAACAGAAAUUUCGAGAUAUUGCUACCCUUGAAAAAGAGGUUUUAAAUUUUUACGAAAAGAUUUUAGAUAUUUCACCUCGCCGCCUCAUGAAAGCAGCCCAUGAGGUCAUGGAUAUCUCUUCACGACCACUCCAAGCGGCUCUUUUGGCGUUUUACGCAGCCCGACUUGCUUUGAGUAACAAGAAGAAGGAACCAGCUAUGAAACACGUAAAAGAAAGCGUUGAACUGAUCAGAAAUGCAAACAGUCAUCUGAGUGCACAAAAAAGUGUCACAGGGUAUUUAUUAUCUCUCCUAAGAGAGCUUCGGGAUCACGUCAAUGCAAUAUCAACAAAAGCAAAGACCAAACUCAAAUCAGAUUGCAUUGAAACGUGCAAUAACUUGAUAACUGAAAUCAGAACACAACAAAAAGUACAAAAUAGUCAACCAAGAUUGAGAAAAAGUCGUAAAUCAAGAAGAAAAUCAUCCUUGCCCACAAAACUUAACAAUAAUCAAAGAAGUAUUCACAGAGAGAAAGGACUUCCUUCCACAUCAAGUGAAGAUAAUCAAGAGUAUGCUGACACGACUAGUGGAAAGGAAGUAAUUGAAGAUGUUGAAAUUGAAAGGGUUAUCGAAGAAAACACUUUGAAAAUGGAAUGAAUCUCCGAUAAAGUGUGCCUUGACAGCUAUACGGUACGAGUGAUCCGUGUCCGAGACCAAAAUCAGCAAACAAAUUUUCUCCAGUGAGUGUUUCAGGAAAUGUGAACCAAGACUCUAAACUGAAAUUUAAACGUUGUAUUCCAAACCAGUGGUCGGCAACCUUUUUUAAGUGCCGGACCGGUUUAGCCUGGCCAAAAUUUUGACGGACCACCUUUAUAUAAACGAACUAAGCUUAUGUAAUGAAUUCAAAAGAAAAUUUAUGUUGACAAUAUACACAGAAACGAAGGUGAUGAUAUUUAUUGCGAGAUCGGCAUUUGUGCUAUUGUUUCCAAUCCGGAGAUUGUAUGAAACAUCGAUAUUUACCAUCUUUUUCGAACCGCGGAACACUUUUUAGAUUAUGAAUUUUUCGCGGAACAACAAACGAAAAUUUCUAAAUUUCGUGGAAACUAUCCGAAUAAGCAAUAAACACUGUCAGGUGAAAUUACAACAAGACCAAUGACUCGAGUUCUAAAAAGACGUAACAAAUUCAUUACUUCAGAGAACAAAAGUACAAUGGAGUACCAAUGAGAAAUAUUUAAAACUGGCUGUUCGUAGCCGUUAAUAGCAAUGCAAUUUUAAUAUGAUAUAUGAACUUGUUUAGAUGUGCACGCAUCGUUUAUUUAGGCCUGAAUUUAGGAAAGGCAACAACGUAGUUCUCCUUCAUUGGUCGUCUUUCUGGCGUCAAAAAUCCUACUUGUACUUUUACUAGUAAAUGAAUUUAUUGCCUCUUUAAGAGUAUUCCACGAGUCGGGUUUUAAAUAUUCCCAGCUUUAGGCAACUUUUAUAAUUUACAUUACGAAAACGAGUCAAUGUUCCCGAACAUGAUUAAAAAUGUGAUUUGAGCGAUGAUAUUUAAAUUGUUACGUUUACAUUUAGCUGUUUAGUUAUUGUUUCAACUUUCGGAAAUCCGUGCAAACAUUUAUCACAAGAAAUAAAAUCUUCUUGAAAA